AUGCUUGGCUCUGUGGCAUGUUGGCUGCACGUGGCUAACCUCCUAGCGAGCCUCGCCAUCGCGGGAGCACACGGCCAGACGUGCACCACCACCACCACCACAGGGCAAACAUCCGCAACCGCCACAUGCAGGAACGAGCCGAGAUUCUUCGAGAGAGUUGCCCCCCGUGGGGAUAGAUACCUCGUCGGCGUCGGCAAGGCUGACAUUACGGGUCCCAUCGUUGAGAUUGCGCUCGCUGGGUACGGCAAGUUCGAGCAGGGUGGGACGGGGCUCCGCCAGAGGCUGUACAGCCGCGCCUUUGUCGUUGCCGAUAUCGAGAACCCGCAGGAUCGGGUGGUCUACCUCGUUCUCGAUGAUCUGGCUGGUGAUACGGCCGUGCGAUAUGGCUUGUUCGAGGCCCUGGCGUCGUUUGGAGACGAGUACUCCGUGUAUAACCACAACAAUGUGGCCUUGACGGCGACGCAUUCUCAUGCCGGUCCCGGUGCCUGGUUCAAUUACUUUUUGCUUCAGACGCCGACUCUGGGGUUUGAUCGCCAGAGUUACCAGGCCAUUGUGGAUGGCGCCGCGUUGUCGAUUAAGCGAGCUCAUGACAGCCUUCAGGAGGGAUAUCUUGACGUGGGGACGACCGAGAUACGAAAUGCCUCCAUCAAUCGGUCACUCCACGCUUACUUGCACAACCCGGAAGAUGAGCGCGCACGGUACCCCUCGUCCGUUGACACUACCAUGACGGUGCUCCGUCUCCAGCGCAGCUCUGACGACCGUGCAAUCGGCAUCUUUACGUGGUUUGCCGUUCACGGCACGUCACUCUAUAACAAUAACACCCAUGUAGCUGGCGACAACAAGGGGGUCGCCGCCUGGAUGUUCGAGAAAGCCAUGGAGGCGGACGAUUCAGCAGCAGACGACUUCGUUGCCGGCUUCAGCCAGGCUAAUGCAGGAGACGUGUCGCCAAACACUCUCGGAGCCUGGUGUGAGGAUGGCUCGGGUGUGAUGUGCAGUUUUGACAUGAGCUCCUGCCCCAGCGGACGAACCGAUGCGUGUAAGGGCCGGGGCCCUGAGUUCCGGGCACUGGAUAACGGUGUCAAGAGUUGCUAUGAGAUUGGGCGACGGCAGUUUGACGGGGCAAGGGAGGUCUAUGACGCCAUGGACCAUUCCACCACGCCGAUCACGGGAAGCAUCAAGGCUUUCCACUUUUUCCAGGACAUGACCUACUGGAAGUUCCAUCUCCCCAACGGCACCGAGGCCUCUACGUGUGCGGCCGGCCUAGGGUACUCCACCGCCGCCGGCACCACCGACGGCGACGGGCUCGGCGGCUUCGUUCAGGGCACGACCACGGCUCCCUCGAUGGGGCCCCGCGCCUGGCUCAACCACCCCCUGAGAAGCCUUUGGAGCGCGCUAUUCAAGAUCCUCAAGUCCCCGUCUGCCGAACAGAGAAGGUGUCACGGCGCGAAGCCAGUCCUCCUGGAUGCGGGCGGCGUCACGUUCCCGUACGCAUGGGAACCGAACCUCGUGGACAUGCAGAUGCUGCGCAUCGGACAGAUGUUUAUUGCUGUGAGCCCGAGCGAGAUUACGACAAUGGCGGGGCGUCGCUGGAAGGCGGCGAUCGCGCAGGAGGCGAGACGGUUGAUGGCCACGGAAUCGCCCAUCCCGCUGGUCGUCGGCCCGGCGAAUACGUACGCGCACUACGUCACGACGCCGGAGGAGUACACGGCGCAGCGAUAUGAGGGCUCGUCCACCAUGUUUGGGCCCAACCAGCUCCCGGCGUUUAUAAACCUCACGACGAGCAACAUGCACUACCUCACGAGCAAGGCCAACCCCAUGGCCAUGACGCGCCGCCCCAAGGCCCCGAACCACACCAACUCUUCAAUCUCGCUCUUCCCCGGUGUCUUUUACGACCGCACCCCCUCGUCACGGCCAUUCGGACACGUCAUCCGCCAGCCGCGCCCGGCGUACAAACGCGGGGAUGUCGUCCGCGCGACGUUCCAGGGCGCCAACCCGCGCAACAACCUCCGCCUCGAGGAGACGUACCUUGCGCUGGAGAGGGAGGUGUUUCCGGGGCGGUGGACGCGCGUGCUGGACGACGCGGAUUGGUUCCUGCUGUACUCGUGGCGGAGGACGAGCCUCGUGCUGGGGUACAGCGAGGUGGAUGCGACGUGGGAGACGGGCGGGACGGACUUGGAGCCCGGGAGGUAUAGGAUUAGGUACUAUGGGGAUGCGAGGAGGAUGUUUGGGGGGGUGAGCGCGUUUGAGGGGACGACGGAGGGGUUCACGCUGCGAUGA